UGACAGUCAUUUAAAAGAAAAAGAAGGUUUCUGGCGGAAGGGAAUCAAGUCCCGCCAAUUCCGACUCGGGAGCGCGAGGUUCACAGUAGGGCGAAAUCAAGGCAGCACAGAGGGACUCUGCUGGACACAGAGAUAUGUUUUAUUUUAAAUAAAGUAAAAAGUACGUUCCGUUCAUAUAGUUAUUGUACUAUCACGGGAGCGAGUUAUUUGUCGUUUAGUGUUAAAGUUGGGUGCUGAAGUGCGCCGGAGCGACCCUAGACCCGGCUCUGUGGUUGGGAUGUUGGCGGCGGAAAACCCAUCAGUGGACGGACAUUUGGCAGCAUCGACUCCACUCAAAGGAGGCAUGGACUGCAAAUCCAAUAAUAAUGCCAAUAAAAAAUUAAUUCAAGCUCGUCUCCCAUUCAAGCGUCUUAACACUGAACCUAAGGAGAACCAGCCGCCAAAGCGCCCCCGUGCCCCUGCCUGCCCCCAACCAGUAGACUCAGACGAACACAAUGAAAACGUGUCAACACCUUUAUCUGAGCGCAGUGGGCCACCUUUAGUUAACGGUCGAGGUCCAAUUGAUGGUUUCUUUAGUCGCAGGCACCUCCCGCCCUCAGAUGAAAAGGUGAUCAUUGAUUUAACCGCAGAGUCGUCUCCAAUUAAAGGGUUUACCCCCCCUGCAGCCGCUUGUCAUCCAGCAAAGAGCAAACUUUGUGCCAAGGAUAAACCAGCCUCUUCUGAGCAACCCCUCAAUGUUGAGGACACUUCGAAACCACGCAGCUCAGACUCUGUAACAAUUAGUGAUGAUGAAGGGGAGCAGUCGGAAGCAGAAGAUCCUCCAGCUUCGACAUCACAGCUUGACACAACACAGGACUCCAACAGCGAGCCGGAGGAGCAGAACGAGUCAGGAAAUGUCUCUAGUUCCGAAAACAGGUCCACACAGUCUGCUUCCCCGGGCAGCCCGCUAUCUGAAAGUUCUCCAGAAAACAAGGAAGCUGGUGACGCUACACCCACCAGAACACCUAAGGAGAUGCAAAGCACCCCGACUUUACCGUCCGGUCAGAAAAACGCAAAAAGACGCUCUUUGAAGAGUUUGCAGGAACAGGAGGAAAGGCUUCGGUUGCGACAGGAGAAGGAGCGGCAGAAAGAAGAGGCCAAAGCGGAAAAGGAGAAGAAAAAGGAGGAGGCCCGCAAGCUGAAGGAGAAACGAGAAAAGGAGAAACGCGAAAGAAAAGAAAAAGAUGAGCGCGAAAAACGAGAGAAAAAGGAAAAAGACGAAAAAGAAAAGGCAGAAAGGGUCAAAGCAAAAGAAGAACUGCGAAAGUCUAAGAUAGAAGCAAAACUUGAAGAAAAACGUAAGAAAGAAGAAGAAAAGCGAAUGAAAGAAGAGGAGAAACGGUUGAAAGAAGAGAAGGAUCGUGUGAAAGCUGAGAAAGCAGAAAUAACUCGGUUUCUACAGAAAUCCAAAACCCAACAGGUUCCAAAGACUCUUGCUGCUGCGUGUGGGAAAUUUGCUCCAUUUGAGAUCAAAGAAAACAUGGCUCUGGCGCCGUUGACCCGUGUUCAGUGCAUUGACUCUGUUCUGGAGGACCUGGACCACUAUUUAUUGAACCCUGCAGAAAAGGGAAACGCACUAGAGGACUGGAUUGGGAAAAAACCACGACAAUCGGGAGCCACCAAAGUCAGACAGACAGACUCACCCAGUGACUGCAUAGUUGCAGAAGGGCCAAAACCUGAUGGAGUGCCGGAUCGCAAACGCUACGGACCCAUGAAACUGCUGCAGUUCCAUGAGAACUACCGUCCUGCGUACUGGGGCACCUGGAGUAAAAAGAGUUCAAAUAUUUCCCCUCGCUGCCCCUUCAAACAAGACAAGGAUUUGCUUGACUAUGAGGUGGACAGUGAUGAAGAAUGGGAAGAAGAAGAACCAGGAGAGUCCCUGUCUCACAGCGAAGGAGAGGAUGAAGAGGAAGGAGGAGAGGAUGACGAUGAUGACGAUGGCUUCUUUGUUCCUCAUGGUUAUCUCUCAGAAGACGAAGGGGCCUUAGAGGAGGAGGAGAGUGGGGAUCUGGAAAAACAGAAACUGCGUCAGAAGCUCAAAGCAAGAGAGUGGGAUGAACUGAUGUCCUGCAAGAAGAAGAUGAAGGUGCUGGAGCCGGUGGUCAGAGGCUGUGUUUGGGAGGGAGAGGGAGAUGGUCUGGAGAUCCUUCAGUGCUAUGCUGUCUGCGUGUUCGAGCCUUUGCCCAAAGCGGACACCAGCCCGAGCCCAGAGGAGCUGUCACAGAGGGUUCAGAGAGAAGAUCACUUGCUUGGUCAGCUUCUGCCGCUGUUGCACGGCAACGUUAACAGCUGCAAAGUGAUCAUCACCGAGUUUCAGGAGUUUUGCCGCCAAAGCUCCUCAGCAGCAUCAGCAUCCCCUCCGGAUUCAGUCACACCUCGAAGCCAAACGGACAACAUUCCCACCAGAAUACAACUGAGGCGUCUCGUCAAGAACAACGCGGUCUAUGAGAAGCGUUCAAACUAUCGGCGCUGCUGCUGGUACGUGCACGCGGAGGUUCUGUCCCGUUACGGUCAGGAGGCUCUGCCGGUUCCCUGCCACUGGACCUACCUCACCACAGGAGCCCGAGAGGAGCCCCGUGAAGAACACUCUUCUCCUGCAAACCCUCAGGGGAAUCCUCCCAGCACACCUUCCAUGCCUUCAUCCUCCAGCAAGAGGAAGAGUACGGGCAGCCAGUCCAUAACACAGUUUAUGAAGAGGCGUUCUGAACCACGGCAGACUGAGGCAGCAGAGACGGAUGGUUUCCAGGCUGACACUGAGGAUGAUGAGGACGACUGCAUCAUCGUUUCCACACACAACGGUCCCAACCAAGACAGCCCCCCCAGUGAGAGUGACAGUCCCAUGGAGGUGGCCCCCUCCAAUUCAUCUGCUCUCCCCGAGUCCAGCACCUGAAGACUGGACAGCUCCCAUCGUGAUCACCGUCUGCUCCUCCGUAUGAGUUCAGAACUCUGUCCAGAACAUGUCUCCAGGAAAACACAAAGCAUAAAAAGUUGCAAACAGUGUCUUUGAGAAGGGAGGAGAGGUUUUGGUGCUGCGUUCAGGAGCAGCGUAGAAAAAAAAACAUACCAGUAUACUUUUUUUUUUUUUCCUUUUUCACCUGACUGUACAUAGAAAUGGUUGAAGAACAAAUUCAUCUGUACAUUGUUGUGAUUUCCUUUGGUUCAUUUAUCAACGUAAUUAUCUCUGAUUCCACACUGGAGUGGUGUGUACAGCUAGAUACAGUCUGUGUGUUUUUAUAAAUAUGUAUUCUAUAUUUUCUAAGAAUACUUGAACAGGAUAAAUUCAUUAAGUAUAAAUAAAAGUACUGCACCUUUAACAUUUCCUCUACCGCUCAUGUUGAACCCAUACUAGACAGUAGAUGCUACAACUUCAUCACUGCACUUGAACAGAAUCGACGCCUAUAGAGAUGAAUGGAAGCAUUGCUAUAAUAAAGGUGAAUUUAAGCAUUA